UCCUGCCGUGUCAUUCUGACUGACGCAUCGCUCUUUCAACCCAACUGGCAUAUAAUACAAUAACUAAUUAUUGCUGCCGCGGGCCUCUUAUGUCAUAUGUUGAUUCGCCUGCCUGUGACGCCUACAUACUAUUACUUCAUCGCUGCCUUGCUUGAUUCGAAGCUUUGCUGGAGACAAAAGAGCACUGUGGUCCUCUUCUGGUUAUUGUUUUAAUACUCUAAUUAUUAUUUUCGCCAAUAUAUACUUGGCUCCAUCGAUGGCGGCAAAACAUCCGCCAGUCCAGCUAGCGCUGCAAACCAGUCCUGAUGGGAAAUUGCAACUACCACAGCAUGCACCACUAUCACAUCUAACGCCUCCCGGGACACCAACUAAUGAAGGUGUCAAGGGUUCUCCACGGUUGGUAGACGGUUGCACUCGUCCAUAUGAGUCGCCUCCACCACUCGACAACUGCCUGGAAGCUGGAAAGAUCGAGCGCUCCUCAAAACGUCUUCCGGUCCCUCUGGAGUUCCUGCAGGAUUUGGAGUUACGGCGAGAUGCAUCGGGAAGGCUCAUGGAGUAUGGUCGUGGCGCAUGGAGCGUCGUUUACAUGGCCCUGUCUCGUUCGUCAUCGCAGACAUCCGGGUCAACGCCGCCAGCAUCCCCAGCGACUGCAAACCGCGUGCUGGCUGUGAAAACACCUAUACGUCGGGACGCUCAUUCCAUUCUCCAGGCGGAGGCGCUGACACUAACCCAUCUCAACCGUACUCCUGGUCAUGAGCGUCAUAUUAUACAGUUCCAUGGCUAUAUUUCCAGCUCCCAUUCCAUUGUUAUGAGUGCCGUGCCUUUGGCACUGUCGACAUAUAUCGAAUAUAGAGCUUCCACGGCUCGACAAAAUUUCUCCACACGAACUAUGUUCGAUCCUGUCUUGGGAAUCUCGCAGUGGCGGGAUCUCUCAAAAAAGCUGAUCGAAAGUCUCGACUGGAUGCAUAAUCAUGCUCACGUCGUUCACGGAGAUAUAAAACCACACAACAUCUUGCUCCGUCCCCGCCAAAACGAAGAGGAUGACAACGAUGAUUGUUUCCCUUAUGACCCUAUCUUUGUCGAUUUUUCCUCCUCUCAUGUUUUCUCGCCAGACGCCAUGUUUAAGAGCCCAUCGACGGCGAUGUCUGCGUUGACGCCUCCCUUUACGGCCCCUGAGUUGCUCUCUGUCUCGUCACUGAAGUCUCCAGGUGUGAUCUCUACGACGGCAUCUGAUGUUUUCUCACUUGCUGUGACCCUUCUAGCUGUCGCAACAGGGGAUCUGCUCUUAUACCCUGGCCUCAACAGCAUGCAGAGGCUUGCUAUGUCGCGGGAUGGCCAUCGAGUGCUCGACUAUGUCCGAUCAGGGCCGAAUGGCUCCCGUGUUCCUCGGAACGGACUUGUGGAGAAGACGCUUAAGCCAGCUGUCUCUAAGGACCCCAAUGACCGAAUCAAUGCUCAGGACUGGCUGUCCCUGGUUGAUUCAUGAUCGUGAAGUGGGAUGCUGGUUGGUGUUGUGUUCUAGCACGAGGUCUUGUUUUGGUCAUCUUCCUGCGCUUCUCUGGUGUAUUAUUUACCUUAUUUAUCUUGCCUCUUUAUACUUGCGGAUACU